AUGGAAGGAAACCUACUUCAGGGAACAAUUCCAGCAUCAAUGUCACAGAUGAAAGGCCUUCUAGUUCUUGAUGUUUCAAGAAACAACUUGUCCGGGGACAUCCCAGUCUUCCUCGCGGACAUGCAUGGGCUCGUUACCCUGAACAUGCCAUUCAACAAUUUUGAGGGUGAAGUUCCAAAACGUGGAUUAUUUCUGAAUGCAAGUGCAGCUCUCAUUGAAGGGAACUAUGGCUUAUGUGGAGGUAUACCACAAUUCAACUCGCAUACCUGCUCAAAUCAUACACCCAAGAAGUGGUCUCACAAGCUUGUCAUGUUGAUCUCAGUAGGCAGCGCAGUUUUUUGCAUCAUCUUAGUACUAUUUGCACUAUUUGCACGACGGAAAUUGAGAACCAAAUUUACAAAGACAAGACAGGUUCCAUCACUCCAUAGUGGACAGCAUAUGAGGGUUACCUAUGCUGAAUUAGUGAGAGCGACAAGUGGUUUUGCUUCUGAGAGCCUCGUAGGCAGAGGAAGCUUCGGCUCUGUGUACAAAGGAACAAUGAUGAAUGGAGAUCAGGAAGUGAUUGUCGCUGUGAAGGUGCUCAACCUCCAGCAGCGAGGGGCAUCUCAAAGCUUUGUUGCUGAAUGUGAGACUUUAAGAUGCAUCAGACAUCGAAACCUUGUGAAGAUAUUGACUGUCUGCUCAAGUAUUGAUUUCAGGGGUCUAGACUUCAAAGCUCUCAUAUUUGAGUUCAUGCCAAAUGGAAAUCUUGAUCAAAAGCUACACAGCCGUCUCCUGGAAGAUGGGAGGCAUGGGGUGCUCAGUCUCACCCAAAGGAUAGACAUUGCCAUUGAUGUAGCUUCAGCACUCGAAUACCUUCACCACAAUAAGCCAGUGCCAAUAGUUCAUUGUGAUCUUAAGCCAAGCAAUAUUCUCCUCGAUAAUGACAAGGUUGCCCAUGUGGGUGACUUUGGACUUGCAAGGUUCUUGCACCAGGAUGAUACUAGCCUCCCAGAGAUAUCAAGUGGCUGGGCUACAAGAAUGGGAACAAUUGGAUAUGCUGCCCCAGGUUUGCCAUUAACCACUGAUGUUCAUCUUUUAUGUACCAAUUUCUCAUUCGAAACUAAUUUCACAUACAUUUCUUUUCCAGAGUACGGUCAAGGAAAUGAAGCCUCGGUCUAUGGUGAUACCUAUAGCUACGGAAUACUGUUGUUAGAGUUGCUCACUGGUAAAAGGCCAACUGAUGGUGAGUUUCUGCAAGAUCUAAACUUACAUAGCUACGUCGAGAUAGCACUUAGAGACCAAGCCACCAACCUGGUCGAUCUGUGCUUAUUAUCUUCACUGGAGGAAGGGACAAAAAUGCGAGCUGCAUGCAUCAAUUCAGUUCUGCACAUUGGGAUAUUAUGUUCGAAGGAACUGCCAACUGAUCGCAUGCAGAUUGGGGAUGCUACGAGAGAGCUACUGGCGAUCAGAGAUAAGUAUCGCAUGCACCUAUUGAGUAAAGGUGGGUCCAUCUAA